AUGUCAUCCCGAGGAGUGCGUGCGCAAGGAACUGAUGGAAACGAUUUUCAGCAUCGUCAGCGAGUUGCACAACACUAUCAAGAAAGUGCACAGUAUAAAUUCAUAUUGAAAUGGUUUUUUGUUCCACAUUUACUUAUUCUUGCGUUUAUGUGGCUUAAGGUCGGAAGCGAAAUUCUCCGCAAAGAUUUUGGAUGGAGAAGCGCAUUUUUUGAGCGAUUAGACAUGCCAUCGGCCUAUCCAUGGGAGUACAUAUGGUGCCUCUCGUUCAUCCCAAUCGUCUUCGCUUUGUUGUCAUUCCCAAAAAAUAAGCUUAAAUACAUUCAUUAUGCCUACUAUGGGCAUUUUGUUUUCGGAAUUGCACCAUGCAUGAUUGGUCUUGGAGGACAGGUCCCAGAAUUGAUUGAUUAUGUGAAUGAUAUGGAAGGAAGCAACACACCAACGUUUAAGGGAGUGUUCCCAAUGGUCAUCAUUUGGUACAUUUUCUUCGCCGUAGCCCUUCAGAUUCACGGAUUUUCUAUGUACUUCAUGCACCAUCUUGCCGCCGCGUGGGCCCCAGUCAAACGUGACUAA